UAAAAACUACCUUUCCAAUUUUUCUACCUAUAUAUCUUCAUAAUUAGCAUAAAAACACACAAUAAAAGCCCAAAGUGAAAACAAGAGAACUGAAAAUUGUAAGCAAUCAUCAGAGAAAUUAAAAUGGCCAAGGUCGAAGGUCUAGGACUCGAAAUCACGGAGCUUAGGUUGGGUCUUCCUGGUGAUUCCGGUCAUCAUGGAAUUGACAAAAAUGAAAAGAAAAGAAUUUUCUCAGAAAUUUCCGAGGAGGAGGGAAAUGGCAAGAUCAGAGAUGGCCAGAAAAUGCAAGGCAAGAGUCAAGUUGUGGGGUGGCCUCCGGUGUGUUCGUAUCGAAAAAAGAAUAGCUUCAGCGACGAAGAUGGGUCUAAAACAUCAAAAAUGUACGUGAAAGUUAGCAUGGAUGGAGCUCCUUUUCUUCGCAAAAUUGAUUUAGGCAUGCACAGAGGUUACUCUGAUCUUGCUACGGCAUUGGAGAAGCUGUUUGGAGAGGCGUUGAGGGAUGCAGACAGCUGUGAAUUUGUUCCCAUAUAUGAAGACAAAGAUGGAGACUGGAUGUUAGCAGGAGAUGUUCCCUGGGAGAUGUUUAUUGAAUCAUGCAAAAGGCUGAGGAUCAUGAAAAGAGCAGAUGUUAAGGGUUUUGAAGUGCUGAGAUCAAGGAAAUUCUAAAUGGAACUUAAAAAAAAAAAAAAAGUGACUGGAAAAGCCAGUUGAAGAAUUACGUGACUAUAGUUUCUAUGAUUGAUAGUAUACUUUGUUAAAGGUUAAUGAUGGUUAUAAGUUACUUGAUUAAGAAGACGAUUCUUGUUUUCAAUACUACUUUUCUGGAUUAUUGAUGUUAAGACUUAAUUUGUUAUAUUGUAAUUGGGAUAUAGGACCCAUCAUAGGUAAGAAACAUAAUUUGCUUUCGCAUUAUGAAUUUGAGGUUGUUAUAUGCUGUUUGGUGCUUGA